GGAUAUGCAGGUGCACGAAUUCUGCGAACCCCCUUUCCUGCAAUCUUAACAAGAAAAGCUACGAUGGAGGACGAGAUAGUGAUGUUCGUGCUGUGUAAGACGCUGCGAAAGCGAUACCUGCUCGCUUGUAAGCUGGACGAGUUGCGCAAGCGGAUCUCCGCUGAGAUCCUACGCUUGGAGUGGAAGCGCCUUGUUCGUACUAGAUACUACCUUACUCGGGACUGCUUGAAGGAUCCGGAGUGCUCGGACUGGAUGGUUAUCUGGAACAACGGGCUCGAAGAGAACCUUAUUAACACGACCAGUUUGUCUAGGGCGUCAUUCGAGCAGCUACUCGGCCGCUUCGCCCUGUUCUACAAGAUUCCAGCAUACAACCGUGCGGGUGGACGUCCCCGCAAGCUCCAACACUACCACCAGGUGCUUGGUUUGGUGUUGGCGUUUUACGAGGGGUCUAUGAACUAUACUCUCUUGUGUCUAGCGUUCGGGAUUCCUCCGGCAACGCUUAGUAGAAUUUUAAAUGAGGCUGAGGCAGCCCUAGCACAGGCACUUCGAGGUUUUAGCCCUGCUCGGAAUGUGUGGCCAACUUUGGUUCGUCAAAAGGCUCUUGCAAGGCUGGUCGAGGCUCGGCAACCCCUCCUUAAGUAUACCUGGGUUUUUUUGGAUGGUAAAACCUAACAGGUAAGUAUCUGCUGUCGUUUCGUCUUAUGCUUAGUACUAAUGCAUGCGUUCCUGCUUUAGAUCCAACAACCUCCUGACAAGGACAUUCAAAAUGCACAUUACAAUGGAUGGCUACAUCACGUGUUCGUAACAGGGACACUGGGCUAAUUGUGUGGACCAAACACAAUUCGCCCCGGCAGCUGGAAUGACGGGGACACUAGCCUCGGUUUCCAGCGAAAGUUGGUGGAUCCAACUCUGAAUCCUGACCUAAGGUAUGGGUUCGUCGCAGAUAGCGCGUUUUCAUGCGCUGGUGAUAUGCAAGGCAGAAUUCUCACGCCUCUUAAAGAGGGGAUUUGUCAAGAUUGCUCCCCGCUGUCCGACCUGUUGCGAAGGCGCUCUCCGGGGCGAUCACCUUCAUACGCCAGUCUGCUGAAUGGGGCAUGGGGUCCAUCGAGAAGGUAUACGGGCGCUUGCUGCACGAACUGCCCGCGGAUGUGGCUAAACGACAACAAAGGCUCGACAAUUUGUUUCGGCUUAGCAACUAUCGCGUUAGGACCGUUGGUAUUAGCCAGAUUCGAACAACACAUCUGUACGGAGGAGAUGACUUAGCUGUACACUAAUGAAAUAAAUGUACUACUCACUUCUACAACGAA